GUACAAGGUUCUAAAACAUUGUUUUUUCCUAGCAGCACCAUGUCUAAAUUUGCUGGCUCGGCAAUUGCUCAGGGGCAAUAUGUUGGUCGAAUCGAUUGUUGGUCACAGUGGAGACCGACAAGUGAGGAGCCGCUCUGGUUACUACUCUCAGGAGCUACUAAUCCGCCAAAAGAAAUUGGAAUUUCUAAGAGAAGAACUCGAGAUGCACAGGGAGAUAGGAAUGGCGUAUUUCUUGCUGGUGUGGCUCGAGAUUUGGUCAACAUGGAAGAUGUAGUUGGAGCAAAGCUGUUCAACACUGUUAAAGAUCUUUAUCUAACUAAGGACGCAGCUCUCCAACAUAUCACCAGGGUCUUUGAAAGAUGCAAAGACUCAAAGGCCAAACCUAUGUUGUACUAUACAGGGCAUGGUGAAAUUGGUACUGGAAACUGGUGCUUUGCGGAUGGGACAAUCAGUAUCCAAGAGAUUUUUGACAUGUUGCCUGGAGGCUGUUAUUACCCAAUGAUCUUCAGUGAUGCCUGUUACAGUGGCCACUGGGCAAAUUUCUGUCUGGAGAAAGGUAUUUCUGGUUUCCACUGCCUAGCAGCAUGUCCGGAGUAUUCGACGGCUUUUGAUACCAAAGGUGUGUAUGUUUUACAUUCUUUAAUUAAUCUGAAAUCAAAACUAUUAUGUUUACAUUACAGCGGUGUACAAUUAGAAGGAGGGUAUUGUGCAAAAGCUGUUUCGAUAUAAGAUACGAGCUGUGCGCGCUACGCACUACGCACUACGCACUACACUGUACUAUGCGCGCUUCGUUAUUAUUUUUAAGAAAGCCGUGGAGUUUGCGAGGGCAUUAUCCAAUUUAGUGCAACUUUCCGUUGUUUUAGAACCAGCAGUUAAUUGGCUGCGGCCGCAUCAGGGGAAUUAAUUGACCCAGUUGUUUUUGUAUUGAAUAAUUAACAAUUAUUCUUUGAAAUCGAGUUAAAUAUUUCCAAAGCCACUAUUUAACGAGAUUGAAAAGAAUAACUAUUUUUUUUUAGUCAAUAAACACGAAGUGAUCUCGACAAAAUCAGAAAGUAUUCAAACAAUUAAAAAGUACAACGGAUCAAGUCAUGCGUGAAAAUUUUGCAAGUAACUAAUUAAAAUACAUGCCCGAAAGUUAGAUCUUUGCAGAAUAUUCAAACAUGGCAAUUCGCAAGUUUAUCACUUCGCAGACAACAGCAUAAUGGCUUAAAUGGAACCGUUAAAAGUUUGAACUGUUUUCUUACCCGAGAAGAAAAGUAUUGUUUUGUUAUUUUCUGUUAACUCGCCAAGUUUAAAAGAGGUUUGUUGCUUCUGACGACACUGCGGCGGUUAGGUUGCUCGAGGUAAGGCGUCGUUUUCCUGUAGCAUUUUUUGUCCUAUCCACUUGAAACGUAGAAUUUGUGCAAAAAUUUGCUGUUAUUUGUUUUGUCAUAAAUAAAGUUUGAUUUUCGGGCCUUUUUUUUUCUUGUCUGAAAACGCUGAGUUCAUGAAACGGCCCCUUUGACUCGAAUAAACGCGAGAGUUUAAGGUGACUCGACCCAGUUUUUUUCGGGGGGUACCAUCCUACUUUGAAGCUCUCUGGUAUCCCCACCUUUACUUUUAUCGUAAGUCUAACACAUAGAAUGGAUAACAUAUAGAUCAAUCUACAAUAUAACAUAAAAUUUUUGGCGAUCGGAGUAAAUGUCACGUGGUUAUAAUGCCACGCCCCUUUGAGGUCUGAGUCGAAAAUCUGCUGUUGCCGGCAUUUUUUCGUAAAAAUCUCUCGGCUACACAUAGUGCGCAUUAGUGCCUUGCGCUGAACAGAGUUUCACCAAAAUCGCAAAGACCCAAUUCGAGAAAUUCAGCGGUUUCCAAAUUUAGGUCAUAAUUUAUGCGAAAAUGAUAAGCAAACUUUACACGGAUUAUAUCUAAUAAACUAUGAGAUUCAUCUCUUUAUUUUGGGCAUCGUUAUAACAGAUGGGUCCUUGCAAGUCAGCAAAACGCUUUAGGGCCUUGUAAAUGCGCGCGAUUUCGAGCAAAGCAAACAUAUAGAAAUUAUAGUUUUCGCUAUUUGUUGACGUUUGUCAGCGUUUAAGAGUCCUUCUCACGAAAAAAGCAUUUUCUUAAAAAUUCGUAGUUUUUUUUCCUUCAAAUUUUUUCAGGGCCACAAUUGAUUAACUAACUACCCGGACUCUGAAUUUCAUGGUCAUUGAAAAACUGUGACAUUAUCUUCUAUAAGCCCAAACUUGAGUAAACAUUGAAGAUUUUUAGCGUUUUGGCUGAGUUUGUGCUUUGGGAGUUGUCUAUUGUUUCUAGUCUGUCAUUAUACAGCAUUCUUGUUCAGCACGCGUGCAAUGACCACGCUUGGCUGACUUCCGAAUGCUCACCGAGAUAUUCCCGUCACGAGUUGGUUUAAUUAUUGGCUUGCAUUAAACCUAUGAAAAAAUGAUAUUUUUUUAAUAGUAAGUAGAUUUAGUGUGUAGCACUUCUUGAUUUUUUUGCAAAGGCACAAGAAGCACGAGAAUUGAUUAAAAAUUGUGACUUAAACCUCUAUGUAUCACGCGAUGGCCUGUCUCACUGUACCAAAAUUAUUAUAUCUCGGUGAGCAUUCGGAAGUCAGCCAAGCGCGGUCAUUGCACGCGUGCUGAACAAGAAUGCUGUAUAAUGACAGACUAGAAACAAUAGACAACUCCCAAAGCACAAACUCAGCCAAAACGCUAAAAAUCUUCAAUGUUUACUCAAGUUUGGGCUUAUAGAAGAUAAUGUCACAGUUUUUCAAUGACCAUGAAAUUCAGAGUCCGGGUAGUUAGUUAAUCAAUUGUGGCCCUGAAAAAAUUUGAAGGAAAAAAAACUACGAAUUUUUAAGAAAAUGCUUUUUUCGUGAGAAGGACUCUUAAACGCUGACAAACGUCAACAAAUAGCGAAAACUAUAAUUUCUAUAUGUUUGCUUUGCUCGAAAUCGCGCGCAUUUACAAGGCCCUAAAGCGUUUUGCUGACUUGCAAGGACCCAUCUGUUAUAACGAUGCCCAAAAUAAAGAGAUGAAUCUCAUAGUUUAUUAGAUAUAAUCCGUGUAAAGUUUGCUUAUCAUUUUCGCAUAAAUUAUGACCUAAAUUUGGAAACCGCUGAAUUUCUCGAAUUGGGUCUUUGCGAUUUUGGUGAAACUCUGUUCAGCGCAAGGCACUAAUGCGCACUAUGUGUAGCCGAGAGAUUUUCACGAAAAAAUGCCGGCAACAGCAGAUUUUCGACUCAGACCUCAAAGGGGCGUGGCAUUAUAACCACGUGACAUUUACUCCGAUCGCCAAAAAUUUUAUGUUAUAUUGUAGAUUGAUCUAUAUGUUAUCCAUUCUAUGUGUUAGACUUACGAUAAAAGUAAAGGUGGGGAUACCAGAGAGCUUCAAAGUAGGAUGGUACCCCCCCAAAAAAACUGGGUCGAGUCACCUUAAUAGACAUUCCAUCGAGUAAAAAAUUCAGCUAUAACAGUAAAUGGAAAAAUCUCAUUUUGAAUCCUUCGAAGUCUUUUCUUACCUUAAAAAAAGUCAACCCAAGGAUUUCGUGGACUUUUGAAAGAUCGUUUUCUCGAAACAAAAAUUGGAAAAGCGCCAAGCUCACCCAUUAUCCACUCGCACGGAGGUGAAUAUAGUCCGCGAUAGCGAACCAAUCAGAUUGCUUAAAUCACCAAUAUCACUGAGUGUGUGUAUAUACCAACGAACGAUGUUGUUUUUUAACCCUAGUAAUAGUAGAAUAUAUGAAAAGAAAGCCCAAUAUAACGAAACCUCGUUAUAGCGAACAAAUUUUGCCAGUAUCUUGGCCCUUUGUUAUACGACGUUCCACAGUAUAAAGAGGUUUCGUUAUUUCGAGGUUUGACUCAGUGGUGAAGAAAAUCGUUCUUAAAUAUACCAAUGACUUCGUUGAAUAGGGGAUCGUUAUAUCAGGGUUCCAUUCUACUGACAUUUCUGUUCAAAUUAAUUGGUAGAUGAAGGAGGGGAUCUAACGUUAUACAUGACUGGAAAGAAAUUACGCCCAAGAACAGAACCCAUGUAUAGCGGAGGAAAUAUAUGUGACUUCGACAUCACCAGUGGAUAUGAUACAGUUGAUUACAGUGAUUUUAUCUUUAGCCAUAUUUUUAAUAGUCAAGACAUUUUGAUUUCCCAGAGCGUGCAAAAUGGCUUCUUCUCAGGAAUUUUUGCGAGUUCAAAACUUUACAAGCCAAGACCUAUGAUAACUUUGCAAAUUGGUAGAAACUACAACGACUUUCUUGUGUUCGCUAAAGAAGAAUGCCAAUUGGUUAAUGGUAAGUCAAAGAGCAUCUACUCCCUUGCCUGUGAUGAGAAGUUUGGGUUCGGAGUCUUCUUUAUGGAAGGCUACGGCACGAAACAAGCCAUUAUAGAUUGCACGGAUGAUAUAGAGGAACGAUGGGAUGACGGUCUUAAAAUAACUUCAUGUGCUGCCCUAAAUUCAUCAUUUUACAUCAUCAUGACAAAAGGCACCAAGGAAUACCAUGGAAAACUGCAGAUAUGGUUUACUCGUAAUUCAUGGAAAGGAGCGAAUGAUGCAAUACAGGAGGGAUACCGGGAAGGAAAAGCUAUCACUGGAAUAUGUUAUUCCAGAGGGCUGAAGCUGUAUUUUGUUGUGAUGACAGCCUCAAUGGGGAGACAGUGCUCCAGGUGGUUCGACAGGACUGAAGAAGAAGCCAUGAACGAUUGGGAACAAAAGAAACAUGAUGAGGGAUUCCAUCCUACUAUCAUCUUCAAUGAUCCAACUGACAACAAAACUUUAAUUGUGAUGACUGAGGAUAAAAAUAGAUCGGGUUAUGUAAGUCGGGCUGGCUAUAAAUUAAGGUAUUAG